AGCGUCCCGUCCUAGCACAGUGGGUUGUGUGGACGGCGGACGUUCGAGGUUCGGAAACGGAGAUGGCCUUCGAUAGCGAUGGCUCAGCUCUGUUUGAACAUAAUAGCCCUGGUUAUGCCGCAGACUCGAAGAGCAAUGGCACUGCGGAGGCUUUGGGCUUGCUGGGUCGCGAGAGCAAUGUCCCUCGCAUCUACCAGGCUGCGCAGACCUACAGAGGUGUCGCAAGAGAACUGCUCGGUAGAAAGGACCCAGACGCAGUGCCGCGAGAUGUGAUGCAUCGAGUUGUGUCUACACAACAGGAGAGAUUUUAUGGCUGCCUGUCCUUGCCAGGCAACCUGGUCUUCUUCCUGCUUUUCUCUGUAGCUGUGAUCCUGCACGAGGAUAUCACAAACACCUACAUGAUCGAGUCUGGUCUUCGCACACAUCUCUCCGAGGGUGCAGAGGAAAUGAACGACAGAGCAGGGAUCUGGAAUUGGUUGGAGUCGUCGCUCAUGCCGAAACUCUUUGCCCAGACCGACCCUCUGGGACUGCCGUAUGCCAGCAAGACAGAGUGGAGUCGAGUGCUAACCUACAACCAGCUUGUAGGCCCUGCCGUCAUAGCCCAGCAGCGCAGCAACAGGGUGUGGUGCAACGAUGGCGAGGGGGUCUCUGGAGACAUGUACUGUUACGACCAGUUCACACGCUCCAACGCCGAAUUUGGUUCACAGGACGUUUUGACAAUAGCCGCGCCAACCAGCAGCGAGUAUGCUGGUGGGACUAGCACGAUCGCUGAGAGAAGAGCUUACUGGGACUCGGCUUUCAAAGUUCAGAACAGUCGAAGGCUAGCCAGAACGAUUCGGCCGGAAUUUGACAUCAUGCUCCCCAGGGUGCAGAAGGAGGAUAAUUUUGUGGUGGCGAUCCAUCCCAACACGCCGUACAAUCUCACAGAGCAGCACUUAAACUAUGUGAAGCAACGAGAAUGGCUGGAUGCACACACAAAGCUCGUGAACAUCCGGGCUUUGCUUGUCAAUGCUGAAGUUGGGAGGCCGCGUCUCCAGAUGUUCUCUUUCAACAUCGCCUUCAGCCGCGGUGGUGGUCUCUUCACCUACGUGAAGAUGAAUACCAUUUUCCUGAAAUCGUUUCCAGACGUUGCGACGAUUGUGGUAGAUAUCCUAUUUUGCACCCAUCUUUUCAUCAUUUUCGUGGUAGAGUUGUACCGACUGGGCCGCUCAGUUGGUCGCAGAGAGGCACGCCGGCAUAUGAGAAAAGGCUGGACCAUCCUACAGGCCCUCACUAUCAUUGGUGGUGUCUGCGUGAUCGCUGGCUACUGCUACGAGUUCACUCUUCGUGAUGGCGUGCGAAGAGCCUUUGAACAGGUCGCAGCAACUCAGCUUCAGGACAAUCCAGCUGAUACCAGCAACAACGGCAUCUCCUUGAUCGAAGAGGCUGACAAUAUGAACGAGUACAUGGGCAAUUUCCGGAUCGUCACCGGUUUGUAUUGCUUGCUGUGCAUGGUGCGUUUCUUCACCAGCUUCAGUGCCCAGCCUCGCUUGGCCGUGGUCACCACCACGUUGGAGGUCAGUGCUUUCGACAUUGUGCACUUUCUCAUUGUUUUGGCGCCCACCUGGCUGGCCUACGCAUUGGCUGGCUGCUUCAUUUUUGGCCGCCGGAUGGAGGAGUUUGCCACCCUAGAUGCAUCGAUCGGAUAUUGCUUCAAACUCAUGAUUGAAGGGGAGUAUGACUGGCCGUACUACGCCGAAGAGAACUACUUUACCACCAUGUUCUGGAUGUGGACUUUCAUGGUCCUUUUAAACCUGAUCAUGUUGAACCUUGUCCUUGCUAUCAUAUUGGAUGUCUAUGGCUCCAUUCGACGCGAAACUGGCAAGAGUGAAACUGCGUGGCUCACCCUUUGGCGUAUGCUGCUGCAGCUAUAUCGCCGAAGAGUGUGGGUAAGAAGCGCACAACUCUUGGAGGCGUUACCGAACAUGCCGGAUGAGAUCAAAGAGGAGGAUCUUCUGGCUACUUUCCCCAACAUGUGCAAAGAGCAGUUGCACAUUUUGAUGGAAGCCUGUUACUUUCAGGUUAGCAUGGAUGACAUGGCUGCAGCCGAUGGCCAAAGGGCCAUGAAGAUGGCACUGUCCUGUAAACUGGCCAUUGAUCAGGUGGCCACAACAGUCAAAGCACUGCAUGAAGGUACCAUUGAGACGGGUGGUGAUGACAAGCCCGGCUCAGAAUGGGUGAAGAAGCUGGCGGGCGAGAUGGCCGAGCAGAACCACCUCAUGAUGAAGUUGCAGUCGAAGCUGAAGAUGGUAGAGAAGCAGUGGGAGAUCAUCCUGGAAAAAGAGGCAGAGGAACAGGAGGAGAACAAUGAAUAGUGAAGCCCCUCAAAGUUAGGUGACCAUCCUUAGAUCCAAAUGACUGGCAUAGUGGGAGCCAUGGCGUCAGAGCCAUUGUCAGGGCGAUGUCAUCCACAAGAAUUUUG